UGCACGCCGGGCGGCCGGCGGAGGGGCCUCCUUUUGUUCGCCGCUCCUCGGGAGACGCCGCCGCCAGCGGAACCUUUUUAAAACGCUGGGGUUGUUGGAGUGGUUGAAUUUUUCCUGGAUUUGAGUGAGAAAUUCAGAAGACUGAAGCCCAGGCUCACUGUCUACCUUUCACGGAGGCCCAGCCGUGAGAGGACAGAAGAAGGCACGUGGCGAAUCAUGACAGCAGACAAAGAAAAAGACAAAGACAAAGAGAAGGACAGGGAUAGAGACCGGGACAAGGAGCGAGACAAGAGAGAUAAGGCGAGGGAGAGCGAGAACUCGCGUCCUCGGCGGAGCUGCACGUUGGAAGGAGGUGCCAAGAAUUAUGCAGAGAGCGACCACAGCGAAGACGAGGACAAUGACAACAACAGUGCCACCACGGAGGAGUCCACGAAGAAAAGCAAAAAGAAACCACCCAAGAAGAAAUCCCGAUACGAGAGAACAGACAACGGUGAAAUCACGUCUUUCAUCACGGAGGAUGACGUUGUGUACAGGCCUGGAGAUUGCGUAUAUAUUGAAAGCCGCCGGCCGAAUACGCCGUAUUUCAUCUGCAGCAUUCAAGACUUCAAACUGAGUAAACGGGACCAUCUCCUUAUGAAUGUCAAAUGGUACUAUCGCCAGUCUGAAGUCCCAGAUUCAGUCUAUCAGCAUUUGGUUCAGGACAGACACAAUGAGAAUGACUCUGGACGAGAGCUUGUUAUUACAGACCCAGUUAUCAAGAACCGAGAGCUCUUCAUUUCAGACUACGUCGACACUUACCACGCUGCUGCCCUCAGGGGAAAGUGUAACAUCUCCCAUUUCUCUGACAUUUUUGCUGCUAGAGAGUUCAAAGCGAGAGUGGAUUCAUUUUUCUACAUACUGGGCUAUAAUCCAGAGACGAGGAGGCUAAACAGUACCCAAGGUGAAAUCAGAGUUGGACCCAGUCAUCAGGCUAAGCUUCCUGAUCUGCAGCCCUUUCCUUCCCCAGAUGGUGACACAGUGACACAGCAUGAAGAACUUGUGUGGAUGCCAGGAGUCAACGACUGUGACUUACUUAUGUACCUUAGGGCAGCAAGGAGCAUGGCAGCUUUUGCAGGCAUGUGUGAUGGAGGAUCCACAGAAGAUGGUUGUGUUGCAGCCUCCCGUGAUGACACUACACUCAAUGCACUCAAUACACUACAUGAAAGUAACUACGAUGCUGGAAAAGCCCUGCAGCGCUUGGUGAAGAAGCCUGUGCCCAAACUGAUUGAGAAGUGUUGGACUGAAGAUGAAGUGAAACGGUUCAUUAAGGGGCUGAGGCAGUACGGCAAGAACUUCUUCAGGAUCCGAAAGGAGUUGCUACCGAAUAAGGAGACCGGAGAACUAAUCACCUUCUAUUACUAUUGGAAGAAAACCCCUGAAGCAGCAAGUUCUCGAGCCCACCGUAGGCAUCGAAGGCAGGCUGUGUUUCGGAGAAUUAAAACUCGAACUGCUUCCACUCCGGUCAACACUCCCUCCAGGCCCCCCUCCAGUGAAUUCUUGGACUUGAGCUCGGCCAGUGAAGAUGACUUCGACAGUGAGGACAGUGAACAGGAGCUGAAGGGCUACGCCUGCCGUCACUGCUUCACAACCACCUCCAAGGACUGGCACCACGGCGGUCGAGAAAACAUCUUACUGUGCACAGAUUGUCGUAUUCACUUCAAGAAGUACGGAGAGCUGCCACCCAUUGAGAAGCCCGUAGACCCUCCACCCUUUAUGUUUAAGCCUGUCAAAGAGGAAGAUGAUGGACUUAGUGGAAAGCAUAGCAUGAGGACAAGGAGGAGUCGUGGCUCGAUGUCUACACUACGUAGUGGUCGUAAAAAGCAGCCAGCCAGCCCUGAUGGUAGAGCCUCACCCAUUAACGAAGACAUCCGUUCCAGCGGCCGCAACUCUCCCAGUGCUGCCAGCACCUCCAGCAAUGACAGCAAAGCAGAUUCAGUGAAGAAGUCCACCAAGAAAAUAAAAGAAGAGGUUUCUUCUCCUCUGAAGAACUCCAAGAGGCAGCGGGAGAAGGCAGCGUCGGACACAGAGGAGCCCGAAAGGUCCAGUGCCAAAAAAUCCAAAACUCAAGAGAUCAGCAGGCCAAACUCUCCCUCGGAGGGUGAGGGUGAAGGUGAGAGCUCUGACAGCCGCAGCGUCAACGACGAAGGGAGCAGCGACCCCAAGGACAUCGACCAGGAUAACCGGAGCACGUCACCCAGCAUCCCCAGCCCUCAAGACAAUGAGAGCGACUCAGAUUCAUCCGCUCAGCAGCAAGUGCUGCAGGCGCAGCCCCAAGUGCUGCAGGCACCCAGCAGCUCCGGCCAGGCUCCUCCUGCCAUGCCCCCCAUCCCAGCUCAGCUGCCAGCACCGCUGCCUGCAGCCUCGAGUGCUUCCGCAGCUCCUCCGCAGGUUUCACCACCAGCAUCCCAGGCCCCCAGCCAGCCCCAGGCCGCCGCGCCGCCUCCUCCUCAUUCCCACAUCCAGCAAGCCCCUGCAUUGCACCCGCAGAGACUGCCAUCGCCUCACCCGCCCCUGCAGCCUCUGAACGCAUCGCAGAGCCAGCCGGCCCCAGCCUCAUCGCAGCCCCACUCGCAGCCUCCGCUGCACGCUCAGCCCCAGCCCGCCCCGCACAGCCUGCAGGCGCAGCCCCUGCUGCCUCAUCCCGUACCCCCCCAGCCGUUCUCGCUCCCCACACAGUCUCCUCAGUCUCAGGUUCCCCUUCAGACACAAGCACCGUCUCACUCCCACUCUGCACUGCAGGUGUCUCAGCCCUCCCUGCCAGCCGCAGCCCCGCUGCAGCAGGCCCAGCCUCCGCGGGAGCAGCCGCUGCCCCCCGCCCCCAUGGCCAUGCCUCACAUCAAGCCUCCCCCCACCACCCCCAUCCCGCAGCUUCCCACCCCUCCAUCCCACAAGCACCCUCCUCAUCUCUCCGGCCCUUCUCCGUUCUCGAUGAACUCCAACCUGCCUCCGCCACCAGCUCUAAAACCCCUGAGCUCCCUCUCCACUCACCACCCUCCAUCCGCGCACCCUCCUCCCCUGCAGCUGAUGCCCCAGAGCCAGCCGCUGCAGUCCUCGCAAGCCCAGCCUCCCGUCCUGACCCAGAGUCAGAGCCUUCCUCCAUCCGCCGCUCAUCCCCCAUCCGGACUCCACCAGGUAUCCUCUCAGCCCCCCUUUUCUCAGCAUCCCUUUGUCCCUGGAGCCCCACCGUCCAUCACCUCUCCUUCGUGCCCUUCCACUUCCACGCCGCCUGCCGUGCCCGGCAUCCCGCUUCAGACCUCCAUCUCCACGUCAGCAGCUUCUAGUGGGAGCGUGCCGGUGGUGACGUCCUGCACGCUGCCACCUGUCCAGAUCAAAGAGGAGGUUCCCGAUGAGGCUGAGGAACCAGAAAGCCCUCCGCCUCCACCACGGAGUCCAUCGCCAGAGCCAACGGUGGUGGAUACACCGAGUCAUGCCAGCCAGUCCGCCAGGUUUUAUAAGCACCUGGACCGUGGCUACAAUUCGUGCUCAAGAGCAGAUUUGUACUUCAUGCCUCUGGCAGGAUCCAAACUGGCCAAGAAGAGAGAAGAGGCCAUUGAAAAGGCCAAAAGGGAGGCGGAGCAGAAAGCCAGAGAAGAGAGGGAGAGAGAGAAAGAAAAAGAGAAGGAAAGAGAGAGAGAACGUGAGCGUGAGAGAGAAGCAGAAAGAGCUGCGCAGAAGGUAUCCAGCUCCUCCCACGAAGGCCGCCUCGGAGAGUCGCAGCUCAGUGGGCCAGCACACAUGAGGCCUUCGUUUGAACCCCCACCGACGACCAUCGCCGCCGUCCCUCCUUACAUUGGCCCGGACACACCUGCUCUACGAACGCUGAGCGAAUACGCCCGUCCUCACGUCAUGUCUCCAACAAACCGUAACCAUCCCUUCUUCGUCCCCCUCAACCCCACCGACCCGCUCCUGGCCUACCACAUGCCCGGCCUCUACAACGUGGAUCCCACCAUCCGGGAACGAGAGCUGCGGGAGAGGGAGAUCCGGGAGCGAGAAAUCCGGGAGAGGGAGCUGAGAGAGAGGAUGAAACCUGGCUUCGAGGUGAAGCCCCCGGAGCUCGAUGCGCUGCACCCGGCCACCAACCCCAUGGAGCAUUUUGCCAGGCACGGUGCACUGACUAUUCCCCCAACGGCAGGACCUCACCCGUUUGCUUCCUUCCACCCGGGUUUGAACCCGCUCGAAAGAGAGAGACUCGCGCUGGCAGGCCCGCAGUUACGGCCUGAAAUGAGCUACCCUGACAGACUGGCAGCUGAGAGAAUACACGCGGAGCGGAUGGCAUCGCUGACAAACGACCCGUUGGCACGGCUGCAGAUGUUCAACGUCACGCCCCACCAUCACCAACACUCGCACAUACAUUCGCAUUUACACCUACAUCAGCAGGAUCCCCUCCAUCAAGGUUCAGCAGGACCUGUUCACCCGCUGGUGGAUCCGUUAGCAGCUGGACCCCAUUUGGCACGUUUCCCCUACCCACCUGGGACCAUCCCCAACCCAUUGCUAGGACAGCCACCUCAUGAGCAUGAAAUGCUCCGACAUCCAGUCUUUGGUACCCCUUACCCUCGGGAUCUGCCUGGUGCCAUUCCACCUCCGAUGUCCGCAGCCCACCAGCUGCAGGCCAUGCAUGCACAGUCAGCAGAGCUGCAGAGACUGGCAAUGGAGCAGCAGUGGUUGCACGGGCAUCCUCACAUGCAUGGUGGUCAUCUACCAAGUCAGGAAGAUUAUUACAGUCGGCUGAAGAAAGAAGGCGACAAACAGUUGUAAUAAAUUAUUUAUUUGUAAUGCUGGCUAUGGAAACCCCAGUCCUUGGGAAGGAGUGGAACAUUUUUACAUACAAUAAGAGCUACAAAAGGAAAAGAAUAUCUUAUAAAGAUUUCUUUAUAUAUUUAAAACAGAAACAACCACCCAACAAGUAGAGACUUAUCAGCAUAGCGUUCAUUUGUAGAGAAGAUUUCUCAAGACUGGUGUGGGUCUCCCUGCAUGACAACGUAUUCAGAAGCCUAUUGAAAAUACAGGACUGUGUGGAAUAUUCAGAGAACUUCCUGCAACCUUGGUUUUUUUUUAAUUACUAGUUUGUUUUGAGUAGGUGCUAGGAUUGGGCUCACAACAAGUCACUGUGCGUGAAGAGACACUCAGUGCAUCUCUAGCUACUUCAGAAAAAAAAACAAGGAUUGCAAGUAGGUGACAUAACAAGCUCUGAAUCCAAGUGCUAUAAUAAUAAAAAAAAAAUCUACUUUUAUUUUAAUACAUUGUAGGAAAUCUUCAUAAUUUUCAAGAGAGCUCAGUUCUGCAGCAUGGCUUUUUAAGUCUGUAAAUAACUUUUUUGGGUAGAGGGGAGAAACGAAACGAAACGAAACUCCAGAAACGUUUAUGUUGAUUUUUCAGUAACAUCACAGGUUGUGAAUUCCUACCUGGUAUUGACAGAAUACAGAGUUGAUUUUUUAAUAAAAAAAAAAUAUAUAUAGUUAUCCCUUUAAUUAAAGGGAACAAUGGGUAUCAAUAAUUUCAAAUGGGUAAAAGCUUGAAAUUUGGCUUGUUAUCAACAAUAAGCAUUAAAGGGAGAUGCAGGGAUAAUGUUGCAAAUGACUGUUCUUGGUUUUUUUGUUUCUUCUGUUAGUGUUACAUCUCUGUUAUGCAGCUGGUUUCUGUUGAGUUGGGUUUCUCAGCAGUGCAGGUGUCCCUUGGAGCUCACUGACCCUUCUUCAGGGGUUGGUCUUCAGCACGGCCAUCCUACACCUCUUUUACCCUUUGGGACUUCAAUCUAACCACACUGGUUUUAGGCUAUCCCUCAUAGGAUAACUAAGAGUUCAAAGACAUAACCCUAAAAUGUCUGUUUUAAAAUGCUCCAUGGCUCAAAGUAGCACAGCCAGAACUUCAUACCGUGCAUAGUUUUGGAGGUCUGCUCUCCCUGGCCUCUUGUGUUUGAUGCAUUUUUAAGGAAGGAGGACUGGACAACUCAGUGUUCUUAAAGCUGUUCUGCAAGGAGCAGUCUGCAUUUCGUUCGGACUGUUUGAAUUCCGUUUUUAUAAGCAAAAACUUUGUAACUGCCACAACCGUUCUGUAUCUCAGGAACUCACUGCUUUGGGCUUCACAUAAUACAUGGACAGUAAUAUUUACUGCCUCCAACGCAACAGGUCCGUGCAGAGCUCCUGUUGGCUGGUUCCCACGUGGUGGUAAGAGGAGAGGGGCACGCAGGAGGCCAGGGAGCAUCAUUUUAGAGACUGACUGCCUAGGCAGAGAGGUUUUAUGUGUUCCUACUGUUCCAUGUUUGGUUGGUUUGGUUUUUCGGUUGUUCUCUUUAUUUUUUUUUUGCCAGGGCAGAGGGUGGUGCAGCCAAUGGACAUCUGAAUCUGCUGGCCGUCUGCUUCCCCAUUUCCUCUCUCAGCUCACAAGCACUCUCUCUCUGCUGUUGUAGACUGUUAUAAAUGUGAUGGUUGUGUCAUAGGACUGUACUGAGCCACGUGUGCUGGAGUUGUGGUUAAUGACACGUUGUGAUGGAAGGCAUGCACAGUGCUUUACACCACGUGGGGCUCGAAGCAGCGUCAGCAUCAGUGCCCAAAGGUGUUGCGUAGCACCCAGUGACAAAUUCAACAUCAGGGUGUUGUAGGCCCACGUACAGAAUAUAAGGGAGGGGGAGGAGGGCGACUUCACUUGCUGACCUCUUGUGUCCUCUGUUGCAGAUUUGGCAACGCUAAGGAACUGCAGUAGCAUUUAAUCAGUUCCAUGCCCUGUGCACGAGCUCUGAAGGCGUUAGCAGGAGCAGCCAGUGAGGUCAGUGUGGCACCCAGCAUGGUGGGCUUCCUUUGGGCACUGCUGUGCUGGCAUCCGAAAGUGAAUUACUCCUUUCUGAGCAGCAUUUUUACCUUUUGCUUUUAGCUUUUUUUAGACAAACUCCAAUAUUUUGUGUUUUUUUUUUUUGUUCACGUCAUUCAGCAAAAAAGCACUGAAACUUCCAUUUUAGACCUGUGAUUAACUACAGCUUUAGUCUGCAGUGGCAUUUGAAGCCAUCCUGGUGUUGGAUGCCCUGUUCAAACAACCCAGACCUGGUUUUCUUUCAGAAAUCUCUCUUUUGUUUUUCCUCAGUUUUGAAAGUUUUUCAGUUUUCAGUUUUGCUUUCGUGUUUUUUGAGAAGUCUCUCUUGUUCUGUGUCGUCAUGGUUGAGCUUGUUUCACUGCACCGUUACAGCAGAGUGUACAUUCUGACUGCUACAUUUAUAUAUAUCUUGAAGCUUAAUGUAUAUAUGAGUAGUUUGCCAUGGGAUAACACAGUGUAAACAGAGUAGAAACCCAGAAAUCGUGACUUCUGUGUUCUCUCCAUUUGAGUAUUUUGUAAUUUUUUUGAAAUAUUUGUGGACAUAAAUAAAACCAAGCUACACUACA